ACAGUUUACACAUGCUUCGUUGACCCCCAAAGCCAGAAGCUCUCUAAAAUCCUCUCUAUAUAAACUCUUUAAUAAUCCAAUCUUUUACCAAACUAACCCAACUACACAAGUCUCUCUCUCUCUUUUCCCAUCUCUCUCCCUCUCUUUGUCUCUCUAACAUCAAUUAUGCAAAAAGCAAUUAGACCAUACGAGUCAUCGUGGACGAAGACCGUACCGGGCAAUAGCAUUUUCCUUUCAAAGAAUGAAGAUAAACCAUCAUCAUCAUCAUCAUUAUCAUGGUUAACAUCAGCAUCACCAAAGCCAACAUCUUUAAGCACUAAGAGAUCAAGCAACCUUGUGGUGAUGGAGAAUGCUGUGGUGGUGUUUGCAAGGAGAGGCUGUUGUAUGGGAGACGUGGCAAAACGGCUGCUACUGACACAUGGCGUGAAUCCAUUGGUGGUUGAGAUUGGUGAAGAAGACAACAACAACAACUACGACAAUAUCAUAAGUGAUAAAGAGAAAUUACCUAUGAUGUACAUAGGAGGAAAGUUGUUUGGAGGAUUGGAAAAUCUGAUGGCGGCUCAUAUUAAUGGUGAUUUAGUGCCUACUCUUAGACAAGCUGGGGCUUUAUGGCUUUGAUUUAAUCCUCCUUAAUCUAAGUUUGCCUUCUUAUUUUGUUUCUCUCCCUUUUUUACAUUAUUUGUUAAUAUAUGUGAACUUAGCUUGUAAAAAAUUGCGAUUGGUUUGAAUGUUUGAUCAUAGGAAAACACAGAAAAUAACAAAAACCUCAUCUUUUUUUU